AUGGUCAACAAGUUCUUCCUCCGCGGUCUCGGCUUCUUCAACGACGCGUACGACCUCCAGGUCAUCAACAUCGUCAACAUCAUCCUCAAGCACCAAUACAAGGCCGAGUACACGGCCGAUAUGAAGUCGAAUGUCUCGACCGCCGCGCUCAUCGGCGCCGUCCUCGGCCAGCUCGCGUUCGGCUUCCUCGGCGACAUGUAUGGCCGCAAGAACUGCAUGGUUGCGACCUGCGCCAUCUUGAUCAUCGGUGGCAUCCUCACGGCCGCGGCGUACGGCGGCUCGGACCAUGGCACGCUCUGGUUCCUCCGCAUCAUGCUCCAGGGCUGCACGGUCAUGACGGUCGUCUUCCUCAUCCUCGGCAUUUGGUGGGACGAGAUCAAAAAGUCCAGCGCCGGCUUCAUCGUGCUCUUUGGCUUGACGCUCUUCUUUGCCAACUUUGGCCCCAACAUGUCGACGUUCGUGAUGCCGACGGAGAUGUACCCGACGGCCAUCCGCAGCUCGUGCCACGGCUUCUCGGCGGCCAUGGGCAAGGCCGGCGCGUCCAUCGGCUCGUACGGCUUCUCGCUCUGGGUCGACAACCCGAGCUUUGGCUACGUCGGCACGUGGUUUACGUUUGCCGGCAUCUCGGUGCUCACGAUCGUCCUCACGGUCUUUUGCAUGUUUGACAACAACGACGAGGCGAGCGUCAUGGACAACGACUUCAAGGCCAAGCUCGCGAUGGAAGACGACGACGUGCGCAAGUCGUUUGUGAGCCAGAUGGACGAGCCGCUCGACCACUACGUCGAGAACAAGGCGUAG